AUGAGCAAGGAAGGUUACGAAGAGAUCAGCCAUCAACUUAUUGAAGUACAAAGCAGAACCCUCUAUUGUAACAUGAACCAGUUGGUAGAAAACCUGCUGCCAACUCUAGCUCUCUACAACAUAGCAAUGCCGCCAAACAGCCAGCCUCUCAGUGACAAGACUACAACAAAUGUUAACACACAGCCGCAAGCAGCUGGGCAGCAUGGUGCUCAACUGGUGCUCUCCUAUCUACGCUAUCACAAGCUUUACACUAUUGAUGUAUUGGAGGCCCAAGAAAGCCCACUAUUCAACAAUAAGAAGAUCCAAAGGAAGUUUCCCAUAGAAGCUAUCCAAGUUGUAUUGGAAGAACUCCGGAAAAAAGGAAACUUAGAGUGGAUUGAUAAAAAUAAAACUCGCUGUCUCAUAAUGUGGAGGAGACCAGAAGAGUGGGGGAAACUUGUGUAUCAAUGGGUUUCAAAGAAUGGCUUGACAAACUCCGUAUUUACAUUUUAUGAACUCUCCAAUGGUGAUGACACUGAGGGUGAAGAGUUCCAUGGUUUGGAAGAAUGGCUUCUGCUACGGGCACUGCAAGCUCUACAGACUGAGCGAAAGGCAGAGAUUAUCACCCUUGCUGACAGUAAAGGGGUCAAGUUCUUCUGAUGCCACUCAUGUUGGUCUGAGCAGCUGCUGGACACUCGUACAAAAAUUAAAGCAUUAUAAUUGAAAAUGAUUUCAAGACCCUAAAGGGAAGUAUUUUGAACUUCAGAUCUCCAGAUAUCACUGUUGCACCGUUGACUCGAUUGUAAUGCACAAUCUGGCUGCCUGCAGUCUCCUUUUCAUUCUUCAUCUAAGCUUAAAGCAAUUAUGGCUUCAAGUACUGAAUACAACAUUAUGAUUGUUUGUGCUGUUCUCUGUGUUUACAGAGAGAAAAAAAAGACUCAAAAGAAAGAAUGUUUGCACAUAGCCAGCCAGUACAGGCUCAGAGUUGAGUGAUUAGAAAAGAGUCUACAGCGUAUUGCAAACCCACAAUAACAUUAUUUACUUCCUUCCUAUAAUUAUGAUUAUGCUGGCUUAUAAUUCAAAUUAAAUUGAUAACAUGAUGUGUGGAAGACUCUCAAGCUCUUCUUGGUAGAACUCCAAAAAGCUUGUCAGCAUGUUCAGAGAUUAGUUUGUCAAUUUUUCCUUCAAUCUUUCCUGUGAAUGCACUGUUCUUAUUCUCUAUAUGUGUCUUAAAACAUUAGACAGUGGAGAACCCUCUGUCAAUAUUGGGAAUCAUAUGUGUUUUUUCAAGCCAGAAUAAAGGGCAAACAUUUUAUGAACGUGAAAUAUCAAUGGCUCUGGCAAGGGAAUACAAACCUCAUGUAAGUACUAAGUGUAAUGUGCAAAUUUGAUAGUGCAAGGAGAUUCAUUUUCCAUCCUGGGUCCAGUCACUACUCAAAUUGGAUAGAGCUAGAAUUUUUCAGUUGGCUAGAAUACUAAAAAUACAAAACAGAAUAUGAUUAUUGACUUCAGAAGUGGGGCGGCACGGUAGCAUAGCGGUUAGCGCAACGCUAUUACAGCGCCAGCGAUCGGGGUUCGAUUCCCGUCGCUGUCUGUAAGGAGUUUGUACAUUCUCCCGUGUCUGCGUGGGUUUCCUCCAGGUGCUCUGGUUUCCUCCCACAUUGCAAAGACGUACGGGUAGGUUAAUUUGGGUUUAAAAUGGCGGCGCGGACUCGUUGGGCCAGAAGGGCCUGUUACCACACUGUAAAAUAAAAUUUAAAAAAAAUUAAAAGUCAAUUUGAAUUCUCAGUUGUUUGAUGACCAGGUGCACAAUGAUGGCUGAUUUGGCUAACACAGUUGCUGCACCUUCUUUUUGAAUCAAUAAACUUUAAAUUUUGUUUUCAUUCAAAAUCAGUACUGAGAUAAUUAAAUACAUAUCUACUUUUUAAAAAUAUAGUCAAAGUAAAUAUUUUCUUUUUAAUGCAAAUAGUUAUGUCCUGAUUAACAUGAAGAACAGUCAAUUAUCAUUAACUGCAGGGAACUCUCAACGUUUCACCUUUAUUGUUAACAUUGUUGCACACUUGAAGUCCCGUCAGUCAAAUGAAAAAUUUUGAUAUUGCUGAAUUUAAAAAUUUGUCCUGUAACAAAACACACAUUACAAGUUAACUGGUUCAAUUUUCCUGCUCUGUUACAGGAGCUUAAUGCAGGUGUCAAAUCACCAGAGCUUCCCAUCCAAUCUACCAUCUUCCAGGUCAAAUGUAGAUUGUGGUUCAUGGUUCAGUCAACUUUAGGGUGUUGUGUUUGGUUUCAGUAAUGUAAGGACCAAAACUUUCUUUGGAUCGAGGAAUUGGAGCAAGGGGGCAUUAUCUUAAAAUUCGAGCUGGAAAAGUUAGGAAAGAAGUCAAAAAGUGUAUUACACAAAGGGAAGUGAAAAUCUGGAACAUUUUCCUACCUAUUCCCAACAGAUGUUUGUCAAUGAUAGCAAGAAAUAUUGGUUAAUAGAGAACAAAUUUUGAAAAAAACAUCAUACAUGAUGAGAAUGAAAGAAUGCAACCAGUUUAAGGAGUUGACUGGCCUGCGGGAGUUGAUCUUUUCCCUAUCUUGCUGUCAAUUGCAUUUAUAGUAAAUGUGUUUUGCAUUUGUUUGCACCCUAAGUAGGUAUGACAGAGUUUAAUCCCCACUUAUAGUUGGGAAGAGUUUUGUUUAUUUACUCAUGGAAUAUAGAUAUUGCUAACAAUGCCAAUAUUUAUUGUCCAUCCCUAAAUACACUUAUGAUGUUGGUGGUGAGUUACCUUCUUGAACUGUUGUAGUCCUCCUGAGUAAAGAUACUGCUGUGAGGGAGUCCCAGGAUUUUGACCUAGUGACAAUGAGGAAUGGAGAUAAAUUUCCAAGUCAGGGUGGUGUGUGACUUCGGAGGGGAGGAUGCAGGUGGUGGUAUCACUGUUGUCCUAGGUUUGGAAAGUGCUGUCAAAGAAGGUUUUGAUUUUAUUUACUUGAAAGCCUUUUGAAAAUGAUGACAAUUAGUUAGAAAUAUGUACUAAUUAAAGAUGGAUAGAAAGUAUAGACAGUUUGUUAUAGGUUACAGAAAAGAAACAGCAAUCCUGAAUAAUUCAAAAUGAUGAGGAUUUUGGCAUUUUGUUUCAAGUAGAUUUUUUUUCUUAAACUCUGCCUACCUAGUAUGGAUUUUGUUUAUAUUGCACUUCUGGUUUCAUUAUUUUAAAGUUAUUUUAAAAUAAAGCAUUUUUUCCUUUAUAUAUGCUA